AUGAACGGCACCAGGCAUCAGUCUCUGUUCUUUGCCAGUCUACCAGAACUACAAAAACUCUGUGCCACUACAGUAAUACUGAGUCCUCAGAUACCAGAAACUGAGGCAAAGAGUACACAGAUAAAGAUUUGCAGGCAGUUAUUAUUCCUGCAUCAAGACAUCCUUUCAGCACCUGUUAUUGGAACACUAAAUCAAAUUUCAGUUGUAAUGGCGAUAUCAUUUUAUAAAUCAGGAAUAUGUCAAGCCUAUGUAGAGAAACAAGGAGCUACCCUGGAAGCACCACAAGCAGUUAGUUCUGCCAUACUCCAAACCUGUCUCUCCUACACACUUACAGCCAGGCUUGCACCCAGAUGGAACAAGGCUGGUCAUCUAUUGGUGCAAGGAAAAGAUUUUUUGUCUCAUUCAGGAAAGCAAAAUGCUGUUGUUAUAGACCUUAAUGUAACAGAGAGACAGCUUUGGAUCAGUGUGGAGCCUUGCUCAAUCCGGUUACCACCCCCUAAGCUGAGAGAUUUUGAUAUUUCACCAAACACCUUAAAGCUCUUUGGCAGCAACAAAAAUACUGUCAUUAACCAACAUUCCAUAUUAAGUAACUGGUGCUAUGUUUUGCCAAGCAUGAAAAUGGGCCAAAUCAUAAACAUCAGCCACAUAAUUCCUCCAGAAUCUCCUUUCCGUUCAUAUGAAGAUCUUCAGAUGCACUGGAAGAGUCUGUAUGGAUAUAUUCUUCCAGAGGAUCUUGAAGAGACAAAAGUAUACUUCAGUGUUUACUUCAAGCCAAUAGGUGAAAGGUUCUUUACGUACCCUUUAAAGUGCAUUCGAAGCCAGCCAGUGCAGUAUUUCCCUAGAACAGAUUCAGAAAGUGUGUUGAACUCUUUUCUUUCUGACCUGAGGUAUUAUUUUUCACAUGUAUGUGGAUUUCCAGUACAUAUGACAAGUAAAGCACUUUAUGCUACACAGGAGCUCUCAAAGACUCUGGAAUUAAAAUCUAAGCUUAGAAACAUGGGUCGUGAGAUGCUUUGCGUGGUAUCUCUAACGCAAACUCCUCCAAGGAGACAGACUUUGCCUGGAAUUCCCUCCUCAUGCAGUAUGGAAAACAGCCACUGGAUGGAGCCUUUGGUCAAAGAGCCAGAAACGCAGACUUUUCCGAUUAGCCGUCAGGGUACAGAAAAGGUUAGCACGGAAGCUGCAGAGACAUCAAUGAAUAGGAGGCAAAUACCUGGAGCAGCAGGGUUACCAAUUGAGACAUCUUUAGGAAUACCUGUAAAGUCAGCCUUUGAACUCCCUCCACCCAAAAUCGGCAAAAUUAUACCAAUAUUCAAAGGAAAGUUGAUGCAAAUGAAUGGAAAGGCCACAAAUCAAAGAGAUGGGAAGAAAAGAGAAAAUGCUGAAAGACUUUCACCCAUUAAAAUGAUGGGUGCUUCAUCUCCUAUGCUGACUGUAUGCAAACCCAGCAUAACUCAGGUUUACAAACCUGUUCAAAAUAUAUUUGUCAAAAAUCCUACUCAUAGAAGCAUAUCUCAGGUAACAAAUGCAAAACCACACACAAAACAUGAUUUACCUAUAUUUCGAUGGAAAUCAGAGUCUUGCAGACAAAAGACUAAUUCUGAUUUUUCUAAUAACUCAGCUUCUAGAGGAAAUUUAGCUGAAAUUAAUCAUAAAACGACAAAUUCUCCUUCCUUUCUUAAGAAUGUUGGACCAGUGCUUCAGAAAUCCAACAACAAUCUGAGUCUGAAUACAUAUGCAUCUCCUGCUUCUGGUGUAAGAAGGGAAAAAAAGUUUGCAAGUCAAAAUACUGCACAAGCUCUUGAGAAACACCAGCAGUCAAAGAAUGUACCUUUGCAGAUGUGUAAAUUAGACAAUCACACGACAAAUUUCGGUUUAGCAUCACAACAAAGAAAGAGAUCAAAUGAAGGAGCGGGGUUAAAUAUUCAUGAAUCUCUCUUAAAGAAUACAUUGUGCAUUGCCAAAGGUGAAGAAAAGAAAGCAGCAUGUCAUUCUCAGGAAUAUAUUGCUAAGACAACCAGUCAGUACUCCAAAUCUCACUGUGAACAGAUGAUUACAGGAAGCAAGUAUCUGGCAUCUGAAAUACUGCCCUCAGAAGCAGCUUCCUUGAUCAAGGAGAGCAACACAGAAGCAUCUGAAAAAAAAGGUUGUGUCAGAAGAAGACAGAAAGAAGAAAGUUGUUCAAAGUUAAAGAAAGCCAAAAGAAGUAAACCUUCUGUUUAG